AUGCGCACGUCAAUGAUGCCAAGGCCACCGACUUUGUCGAUGACGCACUGGUACGUGAUGGGAGCUUGGGAGCUCGACGGCGUCAUGCACCACGCGGAGCUCCACAGCUGCACCUACCCGGACGUAGCCUCCGGCCAGCGCUACAACGCCCACGACAUCCUCGGCAAUCUCAACAACUGGGCCGUCGGCUGGGUCGACUGGAACCUCCUCCUCGACCACAACGGCGGAGUUAACCACCUCGCGAACACGUGCGACGCGCCGCUGGUGCUGACACCCGACGAGACGAGCUUUAUCCACGUUUCCCGCUUCAUUCCGCCCGGCUCCACGCGCAUCGCGGCACACGUGACGUGCGACGCGCUCUUGGCCGACUACCCGCGGGUCUCUACGCCUGCGACAAGAGCGUCUGCCAAGCAUGGGUCUGCACACACGAUGACAAGCUUCAAGACAACGGCACCACCUAUUACCUCCAGGUCAGCGCGGCUCUAUUUGGCGCCACGACGACCAUCGUCGACUGCGCCAACGCGACAUCGUGGACGUUUGAGCCGCGGGUCCAUCCGCAGUGGCGAGUUGUGCGGGAGCGCUGGCCACGCCUCGCGCAACAUCAGCGCCGUUCUUUCGCUCGAGCCCUGCGUGUCGGCCGACCACCAAGCGUGGUCGUUCCAAGAUGGUCCGCCACGCGACAAACUUUGUGUCACCGCCGGGUACGCCUUUGCGCAGGCAGCGGCGUUCGUGACGCUGAGCGGUUUCAAGGUCCUCGUCGCGCUCAACGAGCACUCGGAAGGCGCGCUUUGCCUUGACGACGAGCGACGCCAGACAGUCGUGCCCAAGCGUGGCAUUCGCACGUACAAGUGGGCAAGCUAA